AUGUGGACUGGAGUGCGCAGAAGAAGAGAAUAUCAGUUCAUAGUUAUCGAGGAGGUUAUGCAGCAGAAGGCGCCGGGGGUGCCUAAUAAUAUUCAACUUCAACAAUCCCAAACGAGCUCGAAGUCCCUAGCAGCCCGGCGAGGAUUCUCGUCGAACCUCUUCAAGGCUACCUUCAGCUCGCGCAGCAAGGCGGUCCUUACCGCCCCACCGGAAGUCGAGGCAACCGCCAAGAUAGGCAGCGCGGAGACCAAACCUGUCACUAGGAAUAGGCCUAAAACAGCGCCGCCGUUACCGAACUCAUCAUCAAAAGUGAAGCUAAAGAGAGCAGAUCAUACCAAACCACCUCUAAAGAAACCUAACAAAUUGUCAAUUGAAUUAAAGCGGCCGGACAAAACAAGUUUAAAAACACCCGAUCCUGGAGGGAAAUUAUUAAAGAAAACCUCAAAAAAUGACCUAAAACGAUCAGACUCCGUCAUUAAAAUAGUCAAAAAGUCGUAUGUGCCCGAAACUCCAUCGGAUAGUCUCUUGCCACCUUCGUUGAAACCGAAAGUGAUUGAUAAAAAUGAAAAACCAGCCAAGAUUGUUAACAACAAUGACAUUUGGAUGAACGCAAAUGAAAUCAAAAAUACUAAAAGACCAGCACCUCCGACUCCAGUGAGAGGACCGAGUCAGGGGAAGCAGGAGUCCACUCUCAAGGGCGCUCCCUCCGUCUCCAGUCUCGAUUCAAAGCAUCACAAAGUUGCUCCAGCACGAGACAAAUCUCUCAAGAUCUUUGGAUCGAAAGAGAAGCUACACAAAGCACACAAGAGGAAAGAUCUCGGGAAUAAUAAUGCUGUUUUAGAAGACCCCGAAUUGAGAGAAGGAUUGGAGACGUAUGAAGAUGGACAGGUUAGGAUACAUGAUUAUGGGAGUGCCGAGGAACUGGGGUCCGUAGACGAGAGGGGGUCGCAGGAGUGUGUCAGUUUGCCCGUGACGCUGAACGCAGAACACAUGCCUGGCUUCCAGGAAGUGGAGCUCAGGCCUAGAGAACCAUCCGAGGCAUCUUUGGCAUCUGGCAUUCGCGAGAUCGAGUCGCUGCGAAGGGAAUUAGAGAUGAGCACCAUGGAGCGGGCGCAACUACAGAGCAGAGUGGACGAGCUCCUAGAGCGCGCUGCAGAUGCUGAGAGACUGCGGGCGGAACUAGAAAGACUGAAGUCAGCGGAAAUAGAAAGAGAGGCGGCCCUAGAGCGUCUGGCGGACGAGAACGGCGCGCUGCGGGCGCGGCUGCGCGGCGUGGCACACUCGCCGCUCUCCGACAGCGAGAAGCGACAGCUGCUGCUAGCGCCGGCGCCGCGACGCAUGCACUCAUCAGCGCCCGCGUCCAUUGCGCUUGCGCACAAUGGAGAUGGGGACAGCGGUGAUGCCAGUACCCCCGAGUGGGACAAACACUCCUCGUCAUCACUCAGCGAGGUGUCCGUCGCCUGCCUACAGGACAGGAUACAGCAGAUGGAAGAACACCAUUACAGCACAAGCGAAGAGUUGCAAGCAACGUUAGCAGAAUUGGCAGACUUGCAGACGCAGCUGGCGGAUGCGCACGCCGACAAUGAGCGACUGGCAGAGGAGAAACAGGUGCUGCUCGAGUCUCUGUGUCAGCAGACGGAGAAGUUGGAAGACAGCAGGACUAAGGUGGAUACACUUCAGCUCCUGUUGCGAGAGGGUGUCGAGCCGGAGACUAUACCAGCUGCAGAUACUGAGCAGCUCUUGACUGUUUUAAAGUUGUCGCAAGAAGAGCGACGUCACCUUCAGAGUAAGGUGGAAGAGCUCGAGACGGAGAUAAAAGAUGCCAAAGCUGCGUUGGAAGAGAAAACCAAAGAAAAUGAAUCGCUCACAGAGAGAAUUAGGAUGGUGGAAGGUAAUACUGAACGUCUGGAGACCGAGCGGCUGCAGUGGGAACAUGAGGCUACCGCCCGCCAGGAACAGCUCCAUAAUCUCACCAACUUGCUGGAUGCCGCUAAAGCCAAGCAUACGGCGGCGGCGGCCAAUGGCCGAGCGGCUGGCGCACGCGCAGCGACAGCUCGACCGCGCGCACUCCGACGCGCGCAAGCUGCACGACGACGCGCUGGUACACACCCUCACACUUACCUCAUACAUAGCAUACGGCGGCGGCGGCCAGCGCGCGCCCAGCGAGGCACACGCCCACGACGGGCCGCAGCGCCUGGCGCCGCGCAGCGACAGCUCGACCGCGCGCACUCCGACGCGCGCAAGCUGCACGACGACGCGCUGGUACACACCCUCACACCUACCUCAUACAUAGGAGCGCGCGCCGCGCAGGCGCGCAGACGCGCUGGCCGCGGCGGCGCACGCGCAGCGACAGCUGACGCGCGCAAGCUGCACGACGACGCGCUGGUACACACCCUCACACCUACCUCAUACAUAGCUGGCGGCGGCGGCGCGCGCGCCGCGAGGAAGACGCGCUGGCCGAGCGGCGGCGCACGCGCAGCGCGCCGCGCGCACUCCGACGCGCGCAAGCUGCACGACGACGCGCUGCAUACGGGGGCGGCCAGCGCGCGCCGCGAGGCAGACGCGCUGGCCGAGCGGCUGGCGCACGCGCAGCGACAGCUCGACCGCGCGCACUCCGACGCGCGCAAGCUGCACGACGACGCGCUGCAUACGGCGGCGGCGGCCAGCGCGCGCCGCGAGGCAGACGCGCUGGCCGAGCGGCUGGCGCACGCGCAGCGCGCGCAAGACGCGCGCAAGCUGCACGACGACGCGCUGCAUACGGCGGCGGCGGCCAGCGCGCGCCGCGAGGCAGACGCGCUGGCCGAGCGGCGGGCGCACGCGCAGCGACAGCGCGACCGCGCGCACUCCGACGCGCGCAAGCUGCACGCCGACGCGCUGCAUACGGCGGCGGCGGCCAGCGCGCGCCGCGAGGCAGACGCGCUGGCCGAGCGGCUGGCGCACGCGCAGCGACAGCUCGACCGCGCGCACUCCGACGCGCGCAAGCUGCACGACGACGCGCUGCAUACGGCGGCGGCGGCCAGCGCGCGCCGCGAGGCAGACGCGCUGGCCGAGCGGCUGGCGCACGCGCAGCGACAGCUCGACCGCGCGCACUCCGACGCGCGCAAGCUGCACGACGACGCGCUGGUGUCGCGUAAUAAUGCCAAAUCGACAAUAUCCGAGCUUGAAUUUCAAUUGGAGCAGCUGAGACAAGAGAAGGCAGCUUUGCAGGGCGAACUGAAAACCCAACAGGACAAUGUCGCUGAAUUACAAGCACAAGUGCAGGUGACGGCGGACGAGAAGCUGUCGCUGAUGUCUCGUGCGGGCGAGGCGCUGGCGCGCGCGGCGGAGGCCGACCGCCACCUGCAGGACGCCCGCGCGCGCCUCCACCAGCUCGCCAGGGACCGCGACCGAGACGAAGCGGAAUGGAAACAAUUCGAAAGCGAUCUAUUAAUGACUGUACGCGUCGCAAAUGACUUCAAAACAGAAGCGCAGCGAGAGUUAGAACGGUUGGUCUCCGAGAACAAGAUACUAAGAGAUCGAAUUCGGCUGCUCGAAGAUCAGAUUCACUCGCUCAAAGGUGAUAACACGUCUCAAUCUGUGGAUAGUAUUCACAACUAUUCGGAUGACGAGAAAAAAUUAUCAAAUGAAUCGCUAUUAGACUAUCAAAGUGAUAGUUCAGCAAUAGAUGUAUUUAAAAACAUCAGGACUAGAUAUUUAUCUAGAGUCCAUAGUGUAUCUGAUCCUUCGCAUAAAGACACGAGUGUAGUCGAACAGGCUUUCUGUAAAUUAAACAGCUCGCCAGAUUCUAAAACUGAUAUAAAAAUUGAAAUUAAAGACGUUACGGUGGAUGAAACGGACGAUACAAGUUUGCAACUAAAUUUAGAUAAUGCGGUAAUAGAAAAUGAUGCCUUGCGUGAACCAGUUCUACCUCGCUUUGAGAACAAAGAAUUUAAGAGACAAGAUGCUGUAGAUAUCGAUUCUAUCACCAAACAAGACAUUAAUGAUGACAGGCUGCAUUCACCAAACAUUUCUGACGAUGUGUAUUACAUAGAUCUAGAUUGUAGUAAGCAUCAUGAAAAGUUGGUCACUCAGUCUGAGCAUAGCAAAAUUGUGACACCGAAAGAAAGAACAAUUUUUAGUAGAAGUUUUUCCGGCAUGUAUAAUGGUAAACCAAAGUCCUAUAGUAUGGAUAAUUUGAAUUAUAAUGAAAAAUCCAAAGAUAAUUUGAAAGAGGCUACUAGUAUAGAAUUUUUAGGUACAAGUUUUACGUGUAGUGAAAUAUCUUUAAAUACUGUAGGUUCAGACAGUGUCUUCACGUCGCCUGUUGAUAGAAAUAAUACGGCGUUUAAUAAAUUGAUUAUAAUGGAUUCUCCAGUUCAAACGGCCAGUCCAAUAGCGAAAUCAACAGAAAACAUUUCUGGCUCUAAAAAUGAUGGUAACGCCAGUCAGUUCCAACCAGUCAGCAGCAGACCAUCGGUUGAAAAAGAUGUCUCCAAUAAAUUCGAAAAAGAUAUUAGUACAAUACCAAUAGUAAAAGCCGAAUCUAUUCUUCCUUAUCCGUAUCCACAUGACAUAAAACCAUCAAUGGAAGUUAAUACCUUCGUGCAGUCGCUAGAAAAGCCUACUAACAAUGCAACUCUUGGUCAGGAAAUUGAAAAGGACUUAAAGAAAGCAAAUGAAGAUAUAAAGAUGACCUUUAAAGCAGCUAUAGAUAGAAUAAAAGGAACAAGUAAAGAUAAGAGGUCUCCAUCUCCGCCUAAACCGAAAAAGUUAAAUGUAAAAACUGAGGUUAACAUAACGACUGAUAAAAAUCAUGUUAGUAUUGUUGAUUCAAUUAAAUUUCCCAUUUCUAGCUCAAAAAAAUAUGAAAAGAAGAAUGAUGUAGGUAUAACAGUUAAAACAGCGGAAACAACAAGGCACGCAGAUAAGUCUAACGUAACGGACAUUGUUCCAGAUAAUGUUCAUAGUAACAAUCCUUUUAUACAAUCCAUGGAAAACAACAUAGGUACUUUUAAAAGUGAAAAUGAAAAAAUUGACGAAAAUGUUAGUUAUCAUUUGAAAAUUAACACUGUUAAUGAGGUACCAAUCAGUCAAAAUAAUACAAAUUCAGCAUUAAUGUUAAAUAAUGCAUCCACAAUUAAUAUUAGACCUAUGACCGGAAGACUUAAAACAUUUGUAACACCAAUAAAAAUAGUAAAUAGCACUGGUAGUACAUCCCCCAUUAUUUUAAGUCCUGUUUUAAUCCAUCCUGUAAUAUUUAAAACUCAAAAACCCGAUGUUGAUAUUAAGACAGAUGGUAAAAAAGGUACGGUAUAUUAUAAUGAUAUAGAUCAAGUCAUUACACAAGAGAACGUUAAUGAACAUAAAUCUGUAACACAUAAGAGUGCAAGCGACGAUAAUAAUAACAUUAACGCUAAUACUGAUCAUUCAAGUAAUAAAAUUGAUAACUCUCAUAUCAGCAAGAAAAUCAUAUAUCAAAAAAAUUUAAAGGCAAAGCAGUUACCAUUUUUGUCAUGGAAGAAUUUAUCCAAUGAAAACAUAACAGAAUUGAAGUCGUCUACGUCAUCGAAGGUUUCAUCUAAACGUACUGAAACAGCAUCUCUGCUUCCUAAAUCAGAUCCGAAAGCUAAAGUGGGAAAAUUAAGUAAGACUCCAGAGUGGUUGAUCGAUAAUCAGUAUUAUCAACCCGUUGAAAAUGUUUCUUUUAUUAUAAACUCGAAUCAACCAUUAACGCAACCGAUGACCCAAUCACAAAACAAUCCUACUACAAAAGAUCCGAUACAAUUCAAUAAUACAAAUCCAUUUUUACCAUUAAUACCACCCAGAAGAGAUUCAGAUCAAGAGCAUUAUUACGAAGAGAUUGGACAACCUAUAUCAACCACGAAUAAUAAAAACAUAGCUGAUGAUGUUAAAAUAUCGAACAAAACUAAAAACACAGUAGAUGAAUUUUGUUCAGUGACCCGUGAGGAACUUUUAAAAGUUCCGAGAAGACCCAAGAAACCAAAGAAACAACAGAUUCCAUUAUCUAAACCGGGAGAACCUCCAAGUAUUGUGAAAGAGAUGGCAGGGAUUACUAAGUCAGUCAUAACUUUGUCUAGAGUCCCUAGUGCAAAAGAUUCGUCCAAAACACCCAGUGCGCCUUUUGAAGAAAUCGUACACAAUUUAGAAAAGAAACCUCCUUGUCCGGAACCAAGAAUAACUGAUGUGACUUUAAGAAAAACGUCACUACAGAGAGAUGAAGCAUUCAGUGUAGAUAUGAAUACAGGGUCAUGGCCCCGAAACCCUAAACCAUACUGGAAAACCUUAGAACACAAGAGGCUGUCGCAUCCUAUAAGAUCGUUGAACGACCCCUCGCCGCCUAGACCGCUACCGAUGCCGCCGCGGUCCGAGGAGGUUCCUACACCGCCUCCGUUACUGACGAGUGCCUCUCUGCAGGACAUCAUGGCGACAGCUGCAUCACACCGGAGGACCAAAGGUGUAAGCCGGCAAGACUCACGGUUGUCAGUGAAAUCGCUGAUAGAGAGCAUAGAGAAUGCUGCAAAGGCAGCUAAGCAGUCGCCGGCCACUACACCCGUUGGAGAAUGGCCACAGCAAACCACUGUGGUAGCAGCUACAAAUACCAGCAUGAAGAACGGCCUAACAGAGACAUCAUCAGCGCCCACUAAUGGACUCUCCAGUAACACCUUCGCCAAACCACCAGCAGCCAGGAAUUCCCGACCACCACCCUUAAACAGUGAGACGGCGCCGGCCCCGGCACCAGGGUCCAACAUACCGGACGAGCAGCGUGCACUGGCCACCUUGCAGCAAAAGGCCAUAGAAUCGUUCGUCAGGAGGAACAGCUAUGGAGACAUUUGUGAGAGAAAGGACCCUCUCAACGCGUUACAAGUGAAGAAUGGUGGAUCGAAACGCAACGCGUUACUCAAAUGGUGUCAACAAAAGACAUUCGGUUACAACAAUAUCGACAUCACGAACUUUAGCUCUUCGUGGAACGACGGGAUGGCGCUGUGCGCGAUACUACACUCGUACCUCGGUGAGGGCCGCGUGCCGUACGCAUCGCUGUCGCCUCACGACAAGCGAACCAACUUCUCCGUAGCGUUCGCGGCCGCGGAGUCCGUGGGAAUACCUACCACUUUGAACAUUCAAGACAUGAUCCAGCAAGAGAGGCCCGACUGGCAGCAAGUAAUGGCAUACGUGACCAGCAUCUACAAACACUUCGAAACUUAAAUUUAUUGACUAUCGAUAAUUGUUUAUCGUCUAUUCGAUUUAUACCUAUCGAAUAAUUUAUCGACUAAAUUCGCUACAUCAUCGUAGUAUAUUGAGGUGUAAAUUUGAAAAAUUGUCAAAUAAUGUUAUAGUUAUCUAGACAACAUAAUACAAAUCGGUUAUUAUGAAAUUAUAUAUCCAUAUAUACUAUAUAUAGGCAUAUACAUGAGAACUUCAUGAAUAUAAAGAAUCAAUAAUCUGAAAAUCUACCAAAUGUACAGAACCUAAAGCAUAUGAGGUUUAAUAUUAAAAUUAUUAAAGAAACCAAUAUGUAUAACACUGAGU